AUGUAUGCUGUGUCUAUUAGUGAUGAGGGUGACUGCUACCGGUGUUUCCCGCCCGACCCGGGCAUUGAGACUGCUGCUCUAGGUACUGGUGAGGCUGCCGCUCUAGGUGCUUGCGAGGCUGCUGCUCUAGGUGCUAGUGCGUCUGCUCCCUCAGGUGCUGGUGAGUCCGCGCUCUCAGGUACCGAGUCGGCUUCGGCCUUCCUCACCUUCACCCUCGACUCAGGGGCGUCACGCUCCUUCUUUCGAGACCGUACCACACUCACGCCGCUUGGUCGGCCUGUUGCGGUCUCUCUGGCAGAUCCCUCUGGGGGUCCUAUCCUUGCUCACUUUUCCACUGUCCUCCCGUGUCCGACGGCUCCCUCUGGCACCCUGUCUGGUCUUUACUUCCCCUCAUUCUCUACAAACUUUGUGAGUGGCGCUGACCUUCAGGAUGGGGGAGUUCACCAGUUCACUCCUGCGAGCCAGCGGGUAACCCACUGCACGGACGCUCGGACGGGCCGACACUUGGCCAGGUUUACUCGUCGGCCGGGGUCGAGCCUGUACACACUGACCACUGCGUCUCCUCCAAUCACUGCGUCUAGUCAGGUAGCUGCGUCGGGUCAGGUGUUAGCUGCAGCGUCCAGGUCUGGUCCUAAGUCUCCCCCCUGCUCGUGUCGCCGCCUGUCCCACGAGACUCUUCUCUGGCACCACCGCCUUUGUCACCCCUCCCUGCUUCGUCUCCGAGGCAUGGCCUCUCGUGUCCUUCGGGCUGCCCCUCACUCCUCCCAGUUUCCUCUGACAGAGGCCCCGCUGCAGACGCUUCACAUGGACCUGUGGGGCCCGGCCCGCGUCCGUGGUCAGGGUCACGAGCGCUACUUCCUGCUGGUGGUUGACGACUACUCGCGUUACACCACAGUCUUCCCCUUGAGCAGCAAGGGUGAUGUCACUGAGACCUUCACGCUUCCGGACUCUCCACAGCAAAAUGGGAUUGCUGAGCGCCGCAUUGGCAUGGUCAUGGACCUCGCCCGGUGGCAGUUCUACCACCCCACCUCUCGCCGUGUUCUGUCCUCCCAGGACGUCACGUUUGACGAGUCGGUCCCCUACUACCGAAUCCACCCCUACCGCACUCCGUCCCUCCCCCCGCCGCCGCUCUUCCUCGUCCCAGACGCAGUCGAGCCUGUCGAGGUCACUGGUGACUCUGGUGCUGCUGAGGGUGCUGAGCCUGGGGGUGCUGACUCUGUGGGUGCUGAGCAUGGGGGUGCUGAGUCUGGGGGUGCUGAGCCUGGGGGUGCUGGGUCUGGGGGUGCUGAGCCUGGGGGUGCUACGCCUGGGGGUGCUGAGCCUGGGGGUGCUACGCCUGGAGGUGCUGAGCCUGGGGGUGCGGAGCCACGGGGUGCUGAGCCUGGAGGUGCUGAGCCUGGGGGUGCGGAGCCUGGGGGUGCGGAGCCUGGGGGUGUUGAGCCUGGAGGUGCUGCGCCUGGGGGUGCGGAGCCUGUGGGAGCUGCUCCUGCUGGUGCUGUGUCUGGCGGUCCUCCAGGCGGGCUGCUGGAGCUGGAGGUUCUUCGCCUGCUGAGGGUACUGGUGCCGAAGAUCCCGGAGGUGCUCGUACUGGGAGUACUGGAGCUGCUGGGCCAGCGGGUACUUCUGGAGCUGGAGUUGCUGAGGGCGUUGUCGCUGAGGCUAGUGCUGUCGGUGCUGGAGGUGCUGCUGGUGCUGCUGGAGGUACUGGAGCUGGAGGUGCUGCUGGCGCUGGUGUUGCCGCUGGGAGUACUGGUUCAGUCCCUGCUGUGA